UACUUGGAUUUACUUUUAUCGAUUUAUCCCUACAUACGGUUUGCUACAGCUCUAAUUGUAGUUGAUUUGUUUUGAUUUUCCAGUAGAACAAAUUUCUGAGUUGAGUUUGGGAGAUAAUUGGUUCAUAGGAAUGGCUGCGAAAGUGACAACUGGUCUCACUGGAUUAGCGGUAGCUAGCAAUCCCCACCAUACGCUUGGAGCUCUUUAUGGCAAGAUUUUACGAGCUCUUGCCAAAAUGCCUCAAGAUGCAUCUUAUCGAAAACAUACAGAAUUAGUUGUUCAAAGUAGACUUAAAGCGGUUGAGACGCACAAAGAAGUAACCGUUUUGGAAAAUAAAAUUGCAUCUGGACAAGUGGAAGAAUUGAUAAUGCAAGCAGAGAAUGAACUUAUAUUGGCAAGAAAAAUGCUGGGAUGGAAACCGUGGGAAUCUUUAGUAAAGCCUCCACCACCAAAACAGUGGAAUUGGCCACCAGCUAAAAUUGUUGAUCCUAAAGUGUAAUCCAAAUGCCUUAAAAUAAAUGCGAUGAUUCUAAACCCCA